GUUACUAAGGAACGGGAUUCUGCUCUUCAGAAGAGCCAAGGACUCCAAACCAAGCUGGAGAAUCUAGAGCAGGUGCUGAAGCAUAUGAGAGAUGUGGCUGAGCGAAGGCAGCAGCUGGAGGCUGAACACGAGGAAGCCCAGCUAGCACUGCAGGAGAAACAAGAGGAAGUCAGAUGGUUGCAGCAGGCCCAGGCAGAGGCAAAAAGGGAACAUGAAGGAGCAGUACAGCUACUAGAGGCCCAGGUGAGAGAUCUGGAGGAUCAGUGCCGCAGCCACAUCGAACAGUUCAGCCUCUUGUCUCAGGAACUCAAACGAUUCCAGCUACAGACAGGAAAGACUGGUCCUCUGACCUCAACAUUGGUGACUUCUGAGCUCCCGCUCAUGCCCUGCUGUUCCAUCCCUCAGUCCCAGUGCCGCCAGUGGGAGAAGGAUCCAGAUGUUGCCCCUGCACGUCCUGCUCUUCAGUGCACUAAGAAGAUUCAUGAUGAAGGGAGUAAAGAGCUGGAAUCAUUAUCUCCGAUCCCUGAUCCCAUGUCUAGUGUCACCAAAAUUCCAGGCUCAGGUGCUGCUGCCACAUCUCAGAAGCAAGUCAAGAGACUGGAGUCCCAGUCAAGCUCUUCGAAAUCCGAAUCCAUGCAGAACAGUCCCAAGUCCUGCCCCACUCCAGAGGUGGACACUGCAAGUGAAAUGGAAGAACUGGAUGUUGAUAGCAUCUCUUUGAUUCCAGAGUCAGGGAGCCAGGGCCCUGCAAACCUCCAAGUCUUCCUAGCUCGUUACAGCUAUAAUCCUUUUGAUGGUCCUAAUGAGAACCCGGAGUCAGAGCUCCCACUGACUGCUGGAGAAUAUAUUUACAUCUAUGGGGACAUGGACGAGGAUGGCUUCUUUGAAGGGGAGCUAAUGGAUGGCAGGAGAGGGCUGGUCCCCUCCAAUUUUGUUGAACGAGUUUCAGAUGAUGACCUCAUGACCUUUCUGCCUCCAGAGGUAAAUGAUCUCACCCAGAGCUCGUGCCGCGAGAGGAGCUUUGUCGGUGCAAGCACUAGCAGUGGAGAGAGAAGUGAUCACUCUGCUGACGAGGCCAGUGUCAGUCCAUUGCCUAGUAGACCAGAAGACCAGGAGGAGCCUGUCAAUCACACAGCAGUGCCUUACCCGAGAAAGCUGACUGUGAUCAAAGAGCUCAGCAGCAGCAUAGUUGUAGGCUGGGAGCCACCACUUUUGCCAGCUGGCAGUACAGACAUACAGAGCUAUAACGUCUAUGUGGAUGCAGAGUUAUGCCAGAAUGUGAAGAGUGGCUCUCAAACUAAAGCUGUGAUCGAGAAGCUGGACUUGGAGCUGAAAGCCUAUCGCAUCUCCGUGCAAAGUGUGACAGAGCAAGGAAGCUCCGAUAAACUGCGGUGCACUUUCUGUGUAGGGCAAGAUUUCUGCAUAGCACCAACGCUGCUGAAAAUCAGAAGCAUGACAGCGACCUCAGCAGAGGUUACCUGGCUACCAUGCAACAGCAACUACGUUCAUGCAGUGUACCUCAAUGAGGAAGAGUGUGAUACCACAAAGCCAGGUGUCUACUGGUACACUUUCCACAGCCUGCACCCUAGCACUCAGUACGUUGCCAAGGUGGAGGCCCGGCCCCCCAGGGUGCUCUGGGAGUUGCCCCAGGAGAGGCGUGAGCAGAAAUCAGCAGCGAUACACUUCACUACUCCCUUAGCAGGAACUCCUGAUGCACCACUUGAUGUCCAAGCAGAGCCUGGCCCCUCAGCAGGCAUUCUGGUUAUCAGUUGGCUACCUGUCACCAUUGAUGCAGAAGGCUCAUCGAAUGGGGUCCGAGUUACCGGUUAUGCCGUGUAUGCCGAUGGACAGAAGGUGAUGGAAGUUGCAUCUCCAACUGCUGGCAGUGUCCUAGUGGAGCUGUCCCAGCUGCAGAUGUUCCAGGUGUGCCGGGAGGUCUCCGUGAGAACUAUGUCUCUGUAUGGAGAAUCAGCUGAUUCAGUGCCAGCCCAGAUCCCCUCAGCCUUGCUGAAAGCUUCUAGACAUUCCUCACUAUCACAGGCUGUUGUUUCUACCAGUCUUACUUCCAGAGUGAUCUGUGGGGAACCCAAGGGCUCUCAUCCCAAGCGAAUGCCAGUUACACACUGCACAGCUCCGCUCUUCCCUCCACAGAAGUGUUCCACUGACAGUUCAGAUGCCAAAUUCACUGUCCACACCACUCCCAGCGGUGACAGCUCAGUGAAGUGUCUGCCAGGGAAGAUCUCCCCACACCUGCGCCUCUCCUCUCCCCGGGUUUCCUCGCUGCAAGUGUUGGGCACAUCAUCCCCAGUUUCAGACACUGCAAGUGAUGAGCAGUGUCUGACUUCCCUUCCGCAGCCUACAGGAGUGGGCGAAGAACCCGAGCCGUCGAGGGCCGCAGCAUUGAAGGGCCCUGGUGAAGACAUCCAGGCCCAGGGGACGGAGGAGCUCUCGGUGAGCAAAGAACCGGAGCUAGAAAGCAGUGACGGGAAGAUGCCCAUGGAGACCUGCCACGCAUGCUUUGUGGAGGAGCGGUUGCAAGAGUCAACCAUUAACAGAGAGAGGAAGGCAAAUGAGCAAUGCUUGAGUCCAGAGCCUCAGCUCUCCACCCACCAGGCUGAGCUGGGUGUGGACAGUUGCAGAGACUCAGACAGGAAUGGAAGCGUGUCCCCUGGAAAGAAACUGAUGAAAGAAAUUUCCCGAGGAGACUCUUCUCUGAUGGUGCCCAAAGUCAAACGAGAGGAAGAGAAAAUAGCAGAAGCAGGAAAACGGCAGCUGAAUCUGCUUGCUGAGCACAGCCGCAGCUCUGACCUGUCGGAUAUUUUGGAGGAGGAGGAGGAGGAGGACCUGUGUUCAGACAUGCAGGGCGAGAAGCAGUGGGACCCAAGGGCUUACUGCAGCGGAGAGAACGGGGGAAAGCUGGAUCCUUGUGACACCGAUAGCGAUGAGGAAAUUCUGGAGAGGCUUCUGGAGCUCCCACAUCAGCAGAACUGCAGCAAGAAGUUAUUUAGCAUUCCCGAAGUGACAGAGGAAGAGGAUGAAGAGGAGGAGGAAGAAAAGUGUGUUCAUGUGGAGAAGAGAGAAUCCCCAGACUGCUUCCUGGAGAGACGUCCAUACCAUGCAGAAAGGAAGGGGAUGCCCCAUCCCAUAAGUGCCCCUCAGGCAUUUCCAAACACAGAUGGUAAUGACACCUACCAAAAUCUUUCCAUGCAGGCGCCCCAAGAGGCUCCUGUUCUUCAGAAGACCAGAGAAGACUCUGACAAUGAGAAUCCUGCCUAUCUGGAGCUGAGCUGGACUCAGAAGAGGGGUAGCUGUAAUUGGGGUUACCAGGAGAGUAGAAUGAAGCCCACUGCAGGCACAAGCCCCCAGUCGGGCAGAAAGAAAGGAGGUAAUUCUCAAGAAAGGGCCCAUGAUCUGCCUGAGGUGAACAGGAAGAAACGGAGCGAUGUCAAAGAGCAUUGUAGUCGCCUGCUGAACACCUGCAGCCUGACAGGAGGCAGCUUGUACAGAGCCCAGAGCCUCAAGGAGAAGCUGAAUGUCGUAAGCAGUGCUAGUGGCAAGGGCGGGUCAGAAGUCUGUGGUCAUGCAAGACCAGGCACCUUUAGAAAAUCCCACAGAAAGUUAAUGCCUUCAGACCUAGCAGAGCCCGCUGCAUUGACAACCCACUGCUUCAACACAAGGAGCCUCGAGAUCAAUAUUGAAUAUGACUCAGAGGAAGAUCAGGAUCUGACCUUCCCUUCCAGCCCCGGGAGCAGUGAAUGGCCAGAUGGCAGCGUGGAGGGGUCCCAGACUGGCUGUGAAGGGUGGAGUGAUUGCUCCAGUCAGUCUGAGUCUGCCCACUCUGAUGGGAGAACCCCGCUGAAGAAGCAAGAGUUUGGGGAAGAGAAAGGAAUGGAGUGGGCUGGGUCUCCAAGCCACCACCCACAGUUACCUUGCCCAGAGAAGGAGGCACUGAGGAGUGAAGGCAACUCAGAGGAGCAAGGCUGGGAACGAGCGGAUAAUCCAGCUGGCUGGAGGAGGAUGCCGGAGCGCCCUUGGAGGGGGAUACACAGUGCUGCGUUGCACGCAAGGGUCUGGGCUUCUGAUAAUGAAGAUCUGAGGUUACAAGAGUUACUUGGCUCACCAGCUUGGCAGACUCCAACCCGAAAAGGGAACAAGACCUUGAGAAGAAGCCGAAUCUUGAAAUCUUCCAUCUCCAGUUCAGGCUCAGCUUCAGAGGCUGUUGUUACAGACAACUCAGUAAGGAUAUUUGUGGCCCUUUUUGACUAUGACCCCAUUUCUAUGUCACCUAACCCUGAUGCAGCUGAAGAAGAGCUCCCAUUUAAGGAGGGGCAGAUUCUGAAGGUGUGUGGCGACAAAGACGCUGAUGGGUUUUACAGAGGUGAAUGUGCAGGAAGGGCAGGGUACAUCCCUUGUAACAUGGUGUCUGAAGUUCAGGUGGAGAGUGCGGAAGUGAGGAAGGAGCUGUUAAAGCAAGGUUACAUUCCUGCUGCCACAUCGGUGGAAAGCAUAGGAAAUGGUACAUUUGCUCCACCUCCACGCCGCCUCACGGUCCCUCCUCCGAAACCCAGACGUGCCAAGAAAGCAGACCUGGAGAAACAGGAAAACUACAAGCCUCGUCCAGGGUCCAGGUGGCAGGACCUUGGGGCUGAUCUGAUCACACCUAGGACCAUGGUGGCUGCUUUUGACUACAACCCUCGGGAGAGCUCUCCAAAUGUGGAUGUGGAGGCUGAGCUGACAUUUACUGCUGGAGACGUUAUCACAGUGUUCGGGUCCAUGGAUGAUGAUGGAUUCUAUUACGGGGAGUUAAACAGACAGAGAGGCCUUGUCCCAUCUAACUUCCUGGAAGCUGUCUCUCUGGACAGAGGAAUGACUGAGGGGCUUCAUUUGGAAGACCAAGACACAUGUGCAGUGAAUGCCGAGAGUCAGCUGAAUUCAGAUGGGCCUGGUGAACAGAGGGACCCCUUGCCUAACAUUCCUGAAGUGCCACCUUCCUGCACUCUCAUUUGUGACCCGAGUCCAGACCAAGCAUCACUGGAGACUCUUGAAUCAAGUGACUUGUCCACUCAGAGUAAAAAGAAAAGAAGCUUCUUCUGCAAGGGGAAAAAGCUCUUAAAGAAACUAGGGCCCAGUAAGAAGAACUAGAAAAGGAUGUUGCUGAUCUCCGUAAGCCUGUCUGGAGGCCCAGGCAGGGAGAUUUCUGACAAGCCCUCUGCAGCAAACAGACCACCGCAGAGUAUUGGAAUAAGGAAAAGUGAACUUUGAUUAUUAAAGACUUGGAAUGGCUCCAGCCCUAGGCCUCCUUCACCUCAUCUUCACAUAGAGCCCUGCCGCUGUGGGACUGCACACUCAGUGUAGCGAGUGUCUGGGCAGAGGUAGUGCUCCUGCAGCUGGGGCAGUGCUGAAAGGGGCCUGGGAGCUCGGGUGCAGGUACCUGGGAAAGGGGCCUGGGAGCUCAAGUGAAGGUACCUGGGAAAGGGGCCUGGGAGCUCGGGUGCAGGUACCUGGGAAAGGGGCCUGGGCGCUCGGGUGCAGGUACCUGGGAAAGGGGCCUAGGAGCUCGGGUGCAGGUACCUGGGAAAGGGGCCUAGGUGCUCGGGUGCAGGUACCUGGGAAAGGGGCCUGGGAGCUCGGGUGCAGGUACCUGGGAAAGGGGCCUAGGCGCUCGGGUGCAGGUACCUGGGAAAGGGGCCUGGGAGCUCGGGUGCAGGUACCUGGGAAAGGGGCCUGGGCGCUCGGGUGCAGGUACUUCGCAGUAGUGUGCCCAGAUCCAACCAGCUCUCAACAGCACCAACUCCUUGUAAAUAUUUUAAUGUCAAAGAAGAUAUUCUGGCUGUAAUUUUGCUAACCGGCCCGACUCCUUUGUUGUAAGACUGAGACCCCGUUGACUAGUGUGCCCUGGCAUUUCUCUCUUCCGUUCAGAUGAGGCUGUUGGCGACUCCUCCACUCCCUGAAAUGAGGGUUUGCACUUGAUUCUCUCCCUGUCGACCCCUUUUGCUGCCUCUGGGCUGAUGAGUUAGACAUUUGUACUGUAAACCUGUAAAUAUGCAGCUGUGCCUAGGAGCCUCCUGCCUGUCUCAGUCGUGCUGCACUGCGACAGUUCACCAAGAAGGAAGGAGUAGAUUGGGGGGA